CGCGUACAUCCGCAGUUGUUUGGCGCUGCUAAUGCGCGCGAGUUUUCAAAGUGGGCGAGCCCGUUUAAAGAGGACCCUUAGCCCAGCCGGCUAGUUUGUUUGCUACAGCUAGCUUUGUUACUGUUUAUGUUUACGGAUAGGCCAAAUGCCCACCUACUAGGUUUACACAAGACUUUGUUUAAAAUCUCCAUCGUGUUUAUUGAAGGUUUUAAAGCAUGUCUAUCAUGUCUGGGGUGACGCUAGUUAGCUAGCUGGCGUCUCUGCGGUGUGAUGUAAACAGCCAGCAUUUAAUGUUACCACCGUAUUUUUUUUCAUUAACGGAACAAGAAGCCAAGCAAAGGAAACCUCUACAGUCUGUAGAACAUGUCCAUAGAUUUCGACAGUGCUGCUCUUCAAACCCAGCAAGAUGAGGAUGAAUACGACCAGGAGGACUAUGCAAGAGAGCAAGAGCUGCACAAGCUGCUCACAGACCUGCCAGAUGACAUGCUGGAUGACAGCAGAGACUCCUCCCCCGAGUUGGAGUGUUCCACCUGCAGCAAUAAAAACACUGGUAGCAGCCCAAAGUCUAAGUGGACACAAGAAUGGCCAGAUCAUGCAAGGCCAAACCCUCAUGUACAGAACGACGAAGCUAACUACGCCGAUGGCUCUCAUGAUGAGUACACUUAUAAGGAGGAAGCUGCUCAUAUGAAUGGAUAUCGAAAUCACCCUCAGGGUGAACCGCUGCCUCACACCUGGAGCCAGGACCAUCAGUUUGCACAGGGAGAUUAUACACACACCAGCAUGGGUACAGAGAACUGUUCAGGCGUCAGUAAUUUUUCCGCUGAGUUUGAGUCUAAACCCUAUGCGGAAAACACCCAAAACAGUGUGGAAUAUAUUGAAGAAGGAGGGUAUGGGGACGAGCUGUGUUAUGAAGACCAAAAUUCUAGAAACCAUUUUCAAACUCUAAAGCCUGGACAAGCUGACAGAGGUGUAAAUACUUACAAAGCCAGCUACAACCCUCACCAUCCUGUCCAUCAGCAAGAGAUGUUCAAUUCACAGGCCGCUCAACAAGAAGCUCAGUUUGACAGACUACAAAGAGAAUUUCUUGAUUCAACACAACAAAAUGCUGAUCUGGAGCAACUUGCCCAGCUGCAGAUCCUGAAGAAAGCUCAGCAGAGGCAAAUCGAAGACUUGGAGCGAAAACUGGAGGAUUCACGUCGCAACAUGAGAUACAUUGAACACCAGUUUGCAAUUGUAAAAGAUGAAAAGGAUGGGCUCGCAGUAAGUCUAAAGGAAUCAAGUGGAUUGAUUAAAGAGGCCAAGGAGAAAGAGGUUCAAAUGCAAAAAAAGCUUAAGGUGAUGGAGCAGCAGGUGCAGCUUCUCAUUGAGAAAGACCAGGAGAACAUGAAGAAACAGAGGGUGGCAGAUGCUGCCGUGGACAGCAUGAAGCAGCAGAUGUUGGAGCUCUGUCGCUCUGACACCCUGUCCAGAGCGCGGGAGCAGCACGACAGAGACCUUACCGUCAUAAAAGAGCAGCAUGAAGCGGCACUGCUGGUCCUGCAGCAGAAGCUUGACUCUACCUCUCAGGCUUUGAGUGAGCAGGUUAGCGUUAAUCAAAGACUACAGGAACAUUUGCGGUCGCUGGAGUGCCAGAGAGAGGAGGAGCAACUAGAAAGAGCCAGAGUGGUCAAUUCUCUCACUCAGCGUCUUGAGGAGAGUCAGCAGCAAUGUGCCAAGCUGCUUCAAACAAAUUCAGUGCAAGAGAUGUGCCAGAUGCAGAUCAAACUCCAGCAGGCUCAGUCGGCCAAGGCCCUGAGUGAAAGCAUGAACAGUGCUUUACAGGAGGAUAUGGCUGAUCUAAAGGAGCAGAUCUCUCUGUAUGAAUCUGCCAUGAAACAUGGUGUUAUUGUACUAGAUGCGAGCAGCGACUGGGAGAACCAUCUGUCUGAGUCCUGUGUGGAUCUGGGACUGAAGAAAACAAACAGAAAAAACGGCACUCUCCACAGCACCGCUCUGGCUCACUUGUCAGACUCCAAGCUGCCGAAGGACGAGGCUUUAAAGGUUCUGCGAGUAGAGAUGCAGCGCUGCCUGGGGUGUUUGAAGGGGAAGAGGCAGAAGAUCACUCAGCUGCAGGAGGAGCUCCAGAACCGUCAGGCUCGAGUCAAUGAGCUACAAACUGAACUGGAGGAAGCCAAGCUCAACUCCUCAGUCAGAGAGAGCAGCCAGAUGAAAUACACAGACACGACAGGAGACUCUCAGAAAGAAAUGAAGAGACUACAGGAAGAAAAGCAACGCUUGCAGGAUCAAGUGGAGAUGCUAGAGAAGAAGUCUAAGGAGCUGAAACAGAGUGAAGAGAAGUUGAAAUCCUCCAACUCUGAGCUUUGUGCCAAAAUGAGGGAGAUGAUUAAGGAGUUGGACCAAGAGAAGCAGGAAGCUGCUGAGAGGUCUGAGAGGAUUCAUCAACAGUACAGAGAUGAUGUGGUGAAAAGAGUCCGAGCAGAGCUCAUGCAGGAGCACGAUGCUCAUAUGGAACAGCAGGCCGCGCUGCACCAGCAGCAGGUUGAGCAGUUACAGGAUCAGCUGUCAGAGGUAAAUGAUAAGAUGCUGGCCGUGCAGGAAUGCUAUAUAUCUGUCUGCAAGGAGAAGGGCUUACUAGAGGAAAGAAUAUGCAGCAAAGAAAAGAAUGCCUUGGCUGAAGAGGAGAGCAGCGCAGCUAUGGAGAAGCUCAGAGAAGAACUAGCGGCUCAGCAUCAGGCCUCCAUAAAGGAGCUCAAAGAAGAAUGGGCAAAAGUAAAGGAGACUGAAGUUCAGCAACAUUUAGCCCAAUGGAAGGAGAAACUGUUAGAGACAGAGAAGACUUGGGCUCAGAAAGUGGAGGAGGCAAAGAAAGAAAGGCAGAGAGAGAUCACUGAGGUCACCUGUCAAACAGAGGAGACUGAGCCAAGCACGGUUUCUGCUGAGGAGCUGGACUCCAGGCUCAGUGCCCAGAAACAGCAGCUGCAGCUGGAGGCUGACAAAGUGCGACGCAAAGCUGUGGAGGAAGCCAAAAAACAGGUCCAGAGAGAGUUACAGGAGAAACACCUGGAGGACAUGGCCAAGCAGGUUGAAGGUGCGGUAACCCGGGCCUAUAACCGAUGGAUUGAAGACCUGUCUUCAUUACCAGAAUACCAAGCCUCACUGCUCAGGGAGAAAAAUAAAUGGCAAGAGCAACAAGAUAAACUCGCAGAGCAAAGGGUGCGCCAUUGUGUGACCCAGGCCUUGAGAGAAGCAAAGGAGCAGUGGCACAAGAACCAGCUGGAGGAGCACAGCUCGGGAGCUCAGAGGGUGGAGGAGCUUCAAGUGGAGGUGGCAGCUCUCAAGAGUCAGUUGGAGCAAGCGGCCCGAGAGCAAGCUGCUCUGUUGAAAGCUGAGCUUGCCGGGGCCAGAGCAGCCUGGAACAGGGACAAACAGCAGGAGAUCUCCACCCUCAAGGUCCGCAUUGAAGAGGCGUACCGAACCAAGCUCCAGGAGCAGUGCCACCAGCUGGAGCAGGCUGUGCAGCAGGCCAGAGGGGACGCUGAGCUCCAAAGAAAGGAGCUGUUGCUGCAGACUGAGGCCAAGAUUCAGCAGGCUGUGAGAACACGGGAGGACGAGUGGAGGUGCCAGCACGCAGAGGAGGAGCUGCGACACAAGCAGCAGCUGAGAGAGGAAUUCCUCUCAGAGCUUCAAACUGCACUGGCAGAGAUCCAAACUCAGUUCCUUGGGGCCACUAAAACAGAUCAGCUGGGAGAUGAAGACAGCCGGAGAACCAGUGGGUUGACGUCAAUAUCGGGCAUCAUCCAGCCUUCAUGCAGGAACAUAGUGGACAAAGCAGUGUCACAGGCUAAGAUGGAGUGGAAGAGAACGAGUGAGGAGAGUCUGAGUCGUGUCUUAAAGGAAGUGCAGGAGCAGCAUGUGAGAGAGAUCAACAGAAUUCAAAGCUCUUUGUCCCAGAAGAAGAAGCAGUCUCGGUGCAGGAAGGACUGCAGUGAAACUGUUAGCAAGCUGCAGAAAAAAAAUCAGGAACUGCAGAGGCACUUGGAGAAAGCCUGUCGUCAGCUUCAGCACAGCAUCAAAGAGCACAAAAGUUCCAUUCAGAAACUUAAAGAUGAACAUGAAGGCAGCUUACGAGAGGCAAAGGAGCAACACCUGCAGCAGUUAGAGCAGCUGAAAAGAGCCAAAGAAUGCUCAGAAAGCUCUAAUCACCAACAAAGUCUUCAGCAAGGCCUCGAGGAAAUGAAACGGCAGUACCUGAUGACUGUAGAGAAGAUUCGAGGAGACAUGCUGCGCUACGUUCAGGAGAGUCGGGAGCGGGCUGCAGAGAUGAUCCGAACCGAGGUGCAGAGAGAGAGACAGGACACGGCCAGAAAGAUGCGGCACUAUUAUCUGACCUGUCUGCAGGAGCUACUGGAGGACGGGGGGAAGACUACAGGGCAAGAAGCCGCAAUUGUCCUAAACUUGUUUACUCGCUUAAUUUUGGCUCCUCUGGCUAAAUGUAUUGAUCUUCCUGUCUUCUGCAGAGCUGAAAAGAAAAUAAUGAAUGCUGCAAGCAAGCUGGCGGCUAUGGCUAAAGUGCUGGAAACACCUUUCAAAAGUAAAUCUGGAAAGAAUUACAGCUCUCCGAAUUGUUUGACGGCUGUGGCCACCGCUGCCUCUGGUGACUUGGCAGGUAGGAGCGCAGCGCUCAGUAAGAAGCUGUCAGUGCUAACGGGGCUCCCUGACCCCAGGCCAGAGGAGAGAGCCCACGGAGAGCAGGCUGCUGCUGAUGCAGGCCAGAAACCAUCCGCCGCAGUUAGGACUAAACUUUUAAGCCGGCUGGACACUCCUGGAUCUAAGGAAGAAUCAGAAGGAAGGAGCAAACCUUUCCUCGUCCAGGAGGCUCCUGAGAGAGAUGAAAGGCACGCAGACUGGAGCAAGACCAGCAGCGACUCUGAACUUGAUCUGCAUGUUUCCCGACUGUCCCACUCGGGAAGGAAAGUGGAACCCGUUAAGCCAUUUUCUGUGUGUGCAGCGUCAGCCUGUGAGAUGGGAGAGUUUGGCAGGCUGACUCCAGAUUCCUCUGACUUAACAGUUUAUCAAGAGAUUUCUAAGAAGACGCCAGAAACUGAAGUUUUCUACCACACACGGAGGAGCUCACAAAGAGAGCCUACCCCUGGUUCUGAAUGUGAGAAGCAGCGAGGAGCUGGUUCCCGGCCUCUGUUCUCUGAGCUGAGGCAGCGACAGCAGGACAGCGGCUUCGACAGUCCGUUCUACCAGCAGAAGUGACGAAAGAGGGGCAAAUACGAGGUGAACGAGGGCAGCCAGCUCAGAGAUGGUAUUUGGGCAGACAUAUUAAACUGUGCCUUAUAGUGUAUAUUGUUUACAUUUGAGCUUUUCCAUUUUCACUUGUGUUUGUGUGUGUGUGUGUGUGUGUCUGUGUACAAUUGGACAUACUUAUUCGCUUUCUUCUGGAAAAUAAAAAAACACCAGUGAGGGAGAAGCCACACAAACUAAAUGUGACAUCUCGGUGAGCUGUGGAGGUUCUGUGGAUUAAGUCUCCACAAAUGAAGACUGCAUACACACCGAAUAGGUGAGAGUAAGUGUAUCGAUCUUCCAAUUUAUCCUAAAGAAGAAGGCAAAUAAGGAUUUCCCCCAGAAGAAGUCAAACCGCUGCUGUACUAUGCACAGUUGGCUCCAGUUUCUGCACAUGCUAGAUGGAUUUCUCAGCACCUUGUUGGUGGAAAAAGUAACGCGAGAUAUAACUAUCCAAACAGAUCUUGUCGACUCUCAAAGCUGUGCGGGACGGGGUGUUCCUCCCGCUUUUAAAUGCAUUUUUCUGGAGUGGCCGCACACAAAUCUCUUUAAAGAGGCUCUUUCAGGUCAGCAUCUCCUGCCACACUGAAAUAUGCCUGAACCUGAGAGAGAUUAACGGGCAGCUUAACCACGGUGAAUACAGGAUUAAAGUCAGGUUUGUUCACACUCUGUUUUGUCUGUUAUGAGCUUAAUUGGUUUGAGAUAAAAUGACAUUUAACUUUUCUUUUAUUAUGUCAGUUCAUAAUAUGUUUUAUAUCAAAUUUGUUUUA